UCUUAUGUUGCUGCGAGUGCGGUGGGGAGUGGCGGGCGACAGCGCAGCCGCAGCAGCACAGAAGAUGACCGGCAAGAACAGGACCGCGAUGAUUUUCUCGGCGCCGAGUACUUCCCAACAGACGAGGAAUGUCAAUUGCUCGCCGCGCCCAUCUCAGACUUUCUCGAACGCUGCACCAGUUAUGAUUUGUUGGGUAUUUCCACACAAGUUGUGGUGUUGGAUGUGGAUGUGCCGCUCAGUGUGGCUUUCAUUGCUGCGCAGGAAACUCGAAUUAACGCCUGUGUGUUGUGGGAUACAGUGGCACGUGUGUUUUGUGGAGUGAUUAGCUCUACGGAUUAUAUUGAGAUUCUUUUAUAUUGUCAUCAUAACCCACAGGAGGCAGAGAAGGUUCCUCAAUAUACUAUUCGUCAAUGGCUUGAAAAGCGGCAGCAAUCUAAUAAUAAUAAUAAUAAUAAUAAUAAUAAUAAUAAUAAUAAUAGUGGUAAGGGAGGGAAAAAUAAUAAUAAUAAUAACAGUAAUUCAAAUACCAAGGGACGUGAUGCCUCUAAUACUUCUUCUUCUUCAAACACAUUCACGCAUUCCUCUGUGUUUGUUACCUGUACCCCAGAAACCCCAUUAAGUGAGUGUUUAAUGAAAAUUCUCCGUCAUCGAGUUCGCCGUAUUGUUAUCCUUACAGAAAAGGAAGCUCAUGAUUUAAGUGUGGUGGCUAUUUUGGAUCUUCAACAAAUACUUAUUUAUCUUGGAGGUGUCUUUUUAUCGAUUGAAGCGGCUGGAGGAGGAAGUCGUCGUAGUAUGAGUGGAACUACUACUGCUGGAACAGGCAGUGGUGGUCCUAAUAAUAAUAAUAACAAUAAUACUAAUAAUACUAAUAUUAAUAAUAACAAUAAUAAUAAUAAUAAUAGUGUUGGUAAUCCUAAUACAGUUGGGAAUGAAGAUGUGGAUGCUGCUGAAUUGGAUAUUCUCUCUGGUGAUGUUACUCUUCCACCACAUGUACGUAAUUUAUUACUUGCCCCUUGUGAUGAUGAGAAUGGAAAUCCCGUGAUGGGCUUUGGACGAAAACCCAUUGUUGGGCCUUAUAGAGGUAUUGUAGAUGUACCUUUUUGUUAUGUUCCUCAGCUUGGUAAACACAGAGAUCAUGCUAUCUUUGUUACGCUUGAUUCUCCCUUAUUGGAGGCUUUGCAGUUAAUGCUACGAUAUGAUAUUGAAUGUAUUGCCGUGGUCUCUGAGGAGCGGAUUAUUAUUGAUGUGAUUGAUCGCAGUGAUGUUGUGCGGAUUGAGGAUCAAGGUGUAUAUGAUACCAAUCUCACUGUACGAGAAGCUUUAAGAGGUAAAGUUCAGGCAAAAACAUGUGUCUUUCAUGCAAAGGAUUUAUUACGUGAUAUCUUUAUUCAUUUUGUUCGUCGUCGUGUGAAGGAAUUAUUUCUGGUGGAUCCGGAUACGGAUAAGUUGAUUGGUCAAUUGAAUGUAGCGGAGUUGGUGUUCUUUUUGGCACUUGGAGUAACUACCACUAGUAAUAAUAAUAAUAAUAGUAAUAGUAAUAGUGCAGGUGAUGAUAAUACUGUUGUUGUUGCUGCUGCUGCUGCUGCUUCUCUUGUAUGA